AUGUCCCCACUCUGGCAUCAUACAUGCCCCUCACCCCGCCAACCCGAGCUAGCCCUCCUCAGAGGUGGGAAGCAGGACGGGGUGCAGCGGGAACACCAGAGGGGGUGCCCAACGGUGGGAGUUCAAGUUCAGGGGCUCUCAACAUCCAAUGUCCACACGCAGGCUGAUUCUCUGCCCGGUGGCCCUGACAACCGUCCCCCGGACUAUUGUGUUUCAGGCCACGGAGGGCUGAACCAGCUGGGAGGGGCCUUUGUGAAUGGCAGACCCCUGCCUGAAGUGGUGCGCCAGCGCAUCGUGGACCUGGCCCACCAGGGCGUGAGGCCCUGCGACAUCUCCCGCCAGCUCCGGGUCAGCCAUGGCUGUGUCAGCAAGAUCCUUGGCAGGUACUACGAGACUGGCAGCAUCCGACCUGGAGUGAUAGGGGGCUCGAAGCCCAAGGUGGCCACCCCCAAGGUGGUGGAGAAGAUCGGGGACUACAAACGGCAGAACCCGACCAUGUUUGCCUGGGAGAUCCGAGACCGGCUCCUGGCCGAGGGCGUCUGUGACAACGACACUGUGCCCAGUGUCAGCUCCAUCAACAGAAUCAUCCGGACCAAGGUGCAGCAACCGUUCAACCUUCCCAUGGACGGCUGCGUGGCCACCAAGUCCCUGAGCCCAGGACACACGCUGAUCCCCAGCUCAGCCGUGACGCCCCCAGAGUCUCCCCAGUCUGAUUCUCUGGGUUCAACCUACUCCAUCACCGGGCUCCUGGGGGUCGCGCAGCCUGGCAGCGACAGCAAGAGGAAACUGGACGACAGUGACCAGGACAGCUGCCGGCUGAGCCUUGACUCCCAGAGCAGUGGCAGCGGGCCCCGCAAGCACCUUCGCACGGACGCCUUCAGCCAGCACCACCUUGAGCCGCUCGAGUGCCCCUUUGAUCGUCAGCCGUACCCAGAGGCCUACGUCUCCCCGAGCCACACCAAAGGCGAGCAGGGCCUCUACCCGCUGCCGUUGCUCAACAGCGCCCUGGACGACGGGAAGGCCACCCUGACCCCUUCCAAUACACCCUUGGGGCGCAACCUCUCGACUCAUCAGACCUACCCCGUGGUGGCAGAUCCUCAUUCACCCUUCGCCAUAAAGCAGGAAACCCCCGAGGUGUCCAGUUCUAGCUCCACCCCUUCCUCUUUAUCUAGCUCCGCCUUUUUGGAUCUGCAGCAAGUCGGCUCCGGGGUCCCAGCAGGUGCCUCGGUCCCGCCCUUCAAUGCCUUUCCCCAUGCUGCCUCCGUGUACGGGCAGUUCACGGGCCAGGCCCUCCUCUCAGGGCGAGAGAUGGUGGGGCCCACGCUGCCUGGAUACCCACCCCACAUCCCCACCAGUGUACAGGGCAGCUAUGCCUCUUCUGCCAUCGCAGGCAUGGUGGCAGGAAGCGAAUACUCUGGCAACGCCUAUGGCCACACCCCCUACUCCUCCUACAGCGAGGCCUGGCGCUUCCCCAACUCCAGCUUGCUGAGUUCCCCGUAUUAUUACAGUUCCACAACAAGGCCAAGCGCACCACCUACCACUGCCGCGGCCUUUGACCAUCUGUAGUUGCCAUGGGGACAGUGGGAGCGACUGAGCAACAGAAGGACUCGGCCUGGGACGGGCCCCAGAGAGUCACACAAAGGAAUCUUUAUUUAUUACAUGAAAAAUAACCACAAAUCCAGCAUCACGGCUCCCUCCCCGUGUGGUUGAUUUAAUGAACCAUGAGAGACCGGACGACGUUGGAGAAGGCCACGCUGUCCUCCAGGACUCCUUAAUGAGGGGCAGGAGUCCCAGGGGGACAGAACCGUCCCGUUCCAAAGAGACAAAAUUGGAGGAGAAGUGGGGAGAGAAGAGGGGACAGCCAGAGGCUUGAGAGGGACGGCACAUGGGGCCCACGACGGGGUCAGGGGCACACAGAGGCACCUCUGUGACUCCAUCACCGACACACUCUAGCAGCCGCGGGCUGUAAGCGCUUCGGUCCAGCCCACGAGCCACAGCGGGUGCGAAGGCUCUCCCGCACCGCCGCCCGGAGACGCACCACCUUCUCUGGGCAGCUUGCCUGGCGCUUUCCACUCCUCUCCCUCUUGGCUCACAGGCUGAACCCUGGGUCCAGCCAACCAGGAGCUCUGCCCGGUGGUCAAGGUGGUCACCCGCCUUCCUUUUACCUGCUGCGGUGAAUGUAGGAGCUCCGUCCCAGAGGCUCCCCACACGGAGCCACCCCUUGGCGGCCAGACCUCAGCCUGGCCGAGCCUACUGCAGCUUGAGACAGACAUUCCGAAGCCCCUGGGCUCCUGGGGGUGGGGUGCAGCCCUGCCCAGGGCGGAGCCAGGCACCAUGGCUGGGGACCCGCCUCCCCUCCCAACAGCCCUGCCGAGCCCACAGCUACCCCCCAAAGCCAGCCAUGGCGGUUUCCUCUCUGGCUCCCACCGUGCCUGCCCUCCGCUCCCCAGGCCCGACUGUAAAUACUGUAAAUGAGGGUCUGCUUGAGUCCAGCUGCCGUCUUCCUCUCAGUGAACUGUCUCCCUGCCAUGUCGGGCUUCUCCCCCUGACGCUUCUUUUUUUUUUUUAAAGACAACCACCACUGCCACAAGACUCAAUAAACCAUUACUCUUGGUCUCCAGCUUUGGGGUUGGCUGGGGAAGGAGGCACCCCA